AGGGCUUCUUAAAUUGCCAGAAAACAGGGAGUGUGCUGACUGGAAAAGCAAGGGUCCUCGAUGGGCUAGUGUGAAUCUGGGCAUCUUUGUAUGCAUGCAAUGUUCUGGAAUCCACAGAAGUCUUGGAGUGCACAUAUCAAAGGUUUACCCUAUCACGUAAGAAGAAAAUAUUUUUUACUUCUGCACACAAAUAUGUGGUUAAGCAAAUGCCAAUUAUUAUUUGCAUACUUAUUCUGGAUUUUUGCCGGUGAGGUCUGCUACUCUAGACACAUGGCUUCCCGAACAGGUUGCAUUUAUUCAAUCAAUGGCAAAUGAGAAGGCAAAUACUUAUUGGGAAGCAGAGCUGCCCCCUAAUUACGACAGAGUUGGGAUUGAGAAUUUCAUUUGUGCAAAGUAUGCAUUUGCUCACCAUCAGUGCACUGUUAUGGCCUGAUUUUACAACUGCUCAGCCUUAAGUGGACAUCUCUUGCAUACUUCAAUGAAGGUAUGAGGAAAAGAGAUAGGUUGCUAAAGAUGGCAAGCCAAAGUCGCCUUCUAGAUCACUAGAAGAAAAGGCUUCUGUGCAGUGGCAGAGACCUGGGGAUAGGAGUGGGAAUGGAUAUGCUAGCAUAUCUGAAAAUUCAUCUGAGGAAAGGAAGAACUUUCAAGCUAGUACGGGGGAGACUGUUCCUGCUACAAGGAAAGGACCUGAAUCAGUCAUUCCACCGCCAAAGUCUCAACAGAUCAUUCAGAAAUCAGAACCAGUAGUGUCGUAUGCUGAAUCAGCAAAAGCAGGCAGCAGACUCUAGUCCAGCUGUCUCUCCUCCUAAAGUUGAUUUUGCUACUGACCUUUUCGACAUGCUUUCGAUGGAUGGUCCUAGUGAAAAUGGCUCAGAGGCAGCAUCUGCUGAUGAUAAUGCAUGGGCAGGUUUCCAGUCUGCUGCAAAAGGAUCAACAGCCGAUAAAACUGUCUCUACAAAACCAGAUAAUAACAAUACCCAGUCUACUUCUGGUAUUGAAGAUCUCUUUAAAGACUCUCCUUCACUAGCACCUUCUACAGUAUCGGAGAAGCCUAUAAAAGAUGUUAAAAAUGAUAUUAUGAGCCUCUUUGAUAAGUCCAAUGUGGUAUCACCAUUUUCUGUUCAUCAACAGCAACUUGCUAUGUUGGCACAGCAACAGUCCCUUCGUAUGGCUGCUGCAGCUAAAUCAGCUGGCGUGGUGCCACAGUUUGCUGGCAAUGCACAACCACCGAGCCCCAAUGGAAAAAUCAAACUUAACACGGAUGGUAGCCCUCGCAGGCAUGGAGGAGGUGGGGGUUUUGGUGGUUUAUUUCGGGAUGAAUCCGGAGCAUGGAUUAGUGGAUACUAUGGAAGACUUGAAAUAUGUACCUGUCUAGAAGCGGAACUUUGGGCAGUCAACAAGGGGCUGACUAUAAUACUUCAACAAGGCUUCAAUCAAGUGAUCAUAGAAACCGAUGCGGAGCAAGUGGUGAAAUUAUUGAGUGAAGAUCUGGGAGAAAAAUGUCCUUUCCGGGACAUUGUGGAAGAUGCGCGUAUUAUCAUGAGAGGAUCUGACUGCUCCAUCCAACACAUUCGAAGGGAAGCUAAUAUUUGUGCGGAUGCAAUGGCCAAGUUAGGUGAAUAUCAACCGGCAGACUUGCUUAUUGUAAACGAACCCCCUAAAGAACUCCGCGCCUUACUUGUUGCGGAUAUUGUUCAUCUCUCUCAGGAGAGUGGUAGGAUGUAGUCCUUCUUUUGUUUUAUUUCCGAUGUACCCAAAAAAAAAAAAAAACACUAGAUGUUUGACCAUUUGACUCCUCAACAUUGAUACAUAAGCCACUGGAAUGGCCAUAAUUAACACAUUGGCUUCGAGAA